AACUGGAUAGGAUCCAAAGAUUUUGCAUACAUAAUUCAAGGCGAUGAGCUCCAUCCAAAUAUUGCUUUCUGUGUUCUUCCUAAUUAUAUUUUCUUCGUGCCUUCCUACAACACAAUAUAAGAUCCCGAAGCUCGGUGCUUUUCAAAAAAAUAUCCAUAGGACGGAACCCCAAACCUCAUCUAAAUCUUCCUCGAAAGAUUUGGUUACGUUUUAUUACACCCAAACACUUGAUCACUUCAACUAUAAGCCAGAAAGUUAUACCACUUUCCGACAAAGAUAUGUAAUCGACUUUAGAUAUUGGGGUGGUGCAAAUACUAGUGCGCCAAUAUUCGUCUUCUUUGGUGCGGAAGAGGAUUUAGAUGAUGAUUUAGAUGCUAUUGGAUUCCUUUCUGACAACGCCCCUCAUUUCAAAGCUCUCUUGAUAUACAUAGAGCACCGUUACUAUGGGAAAUCAAUACCGUUUGGGUCAAGGAAGGAAGCUUUGAAAAAUGCGGAAACUCUUGGUUAUCUCAACUCAGCACAGGCAAUGGCAGAUUAUGCUGCGGUGAUUAUGCAUCUGAAGAAAAAGUAUUCUGCCAAAAACUCUCCUGUAAUUGUUAUCGGAGGAUCGUAUGGUGGCAUGCUAACCUCAUGGUUCCGGCUGAAGUAUCCCCAUAUUGCUCUUGGUGCCCUUGCUUCAUCGGCUCCAAUUCUUUACUUCGAUGAUAUUGCACCACAAGAAGGUUACUAUUCUAUUGUAACCAAGGAUUUUAAAGAAACCAGUGAGAGUUGCUACAACACUAUACGUAAAUCGUGGGGUGAAAUCGAAAAAAUUGCUUCUAAGCCUAAUGGUCUUUCAAUCCUUAGCAAGAAAUUUAAGACUUGCUAUCCUUUGAACAGAACAUUUGAGCUAGAGGACUUCUUGGACUCGAUUUAUUGUGAAGCAGCACAGUAUGAUUAUCCACCUGAAUUUCCAGUUAAUAUUGUCUGUGGUGGCAUAAACAAAGCAUCAGCUGCGAGAACCGAUAUUCUCGACCGAAUAUUUGCCGGUGUUGUUGCUUACAUGGGAAAUAGAUCAUGCUACGACAUGAAUGAAUUCAAUUAUCCAGAUACAAUAUACGAGUGGAGGUGGCAGACAUGUAGUGAGAUUGUGAUGCCCAUAGGCCAUGAGAGCAAUUCUAUGUUCCCACCAGCACCUUUCAAUCUAAAUAACUACAUCAAAGAUUGCAAGAGCUUGUUUGGUGUCUUACCUCAGCCUCAUUGGAUCACUACUUAUUAUGGAGGACAUGAUAUAAAAUUGAUUCUUCAUAGGUUUGCUAGCAACAUUAUCUUCUCAAAUGGGCUGAGAGAUCCUUACAGUAGCGGCGGGGUAUUGAAUAACAUAUCAGAUAGUAUUGUUGCGGUUUCUGCAGUGAACGGAUCUCAUUGCUUGGACAUACAACGAGCAAGUCCAAGGGAUCCCCGUUGGCUGGUGAUGCAACGCAAAAUAGAGGUGAAGAUAAUUGAAGGGUGGAUUUCCAAAUAUUACACAGAUCUUCUUGAGGUCAAAGAUCAAACCCCUUUUUAAUCAUAAGAGGGGGGGGGGGGGGGGGAGUAGAUGCUGCUGUUUCAGGUCAAUUAUAAAAUUAACUGCAGUUGAAUAAGAAAUUAUUGCAAGUAUAUAUGAUUGCUGGGCCACUUUGCCAGCUUUAGAUAAAGAACUUGAUAUGUAUGGUUAUGUGUACUCCUUCUACAAUUCCACUACGUUUCAUGUAAUAAUAAGAUGGCCAAUUACUCUUCAA